GGCAAUGAAACUUCCUUCUUUUUUGAAGCACGUAACAAAGUCACAUGCAAACAUCUCUGGAAAUGCUGUGUAGAACAUCAUACAUUUUUCAGGGUACCAGAGAAUGAAUCAAACUCUCUGUCAAGAAAAUUCAGCAAGUUUGGAGCCAUAGGUUAUAAACAUCGGUACAGUGGCAGGACAUCUUUGCAAAUGACCAGAGACCAGUCUGUUCAGCUCCCACGGCCUGACCAGUGCAUUGAAAGAAGUCGCAGCAAGACUUACCCCAAAAGAACUCAACAGACAGGAUCUAAGAACAUGAGCCAGAUUACAACAAAUGGGGAAAAUGAAGGAACUACCAAGAUCAUUGCACCUUCUCUUGUGAAAAGCUUUAAAAAGAUGAAAAAUGAAAACAGUCCAGAAACCCAAAGAAGUAAAACAGGCGCACCAUGGGAGGAAAAUGGCCCACAGAGUGGGCUGUAUAAUUCUCCCAGUGACCGCAAUAAAUCACCAAAGUUUCCUUAUUCUUGGCGACGGAACCCAUCAGGUGGCAGCGAGAAUGAGUCUGGGCAGCCAGUCCGGAGGAGGAAAACUCAAAACAGUGGCGAAGAUUCAGAUUUAAAGCAAAGGAGAAGAUCACGGUCUCGCUGUAACACCAGCAGUGGUAGUGAAUCAGAAAAUUCCAACAGAGAGCAUCGGAAGAAGAGAAACAGAUUACGGCAAGAGAAUGACAUGAUUGACUCGGCUCCUCAGUGGGAAGCUGUGCUACGGCGACAGAAGGAGAAAAACCAGACAGAUCCAAACUACCGGCGAUCCAGGCACAGAUCUCGAUCGAGAAGCCCAGAUGUACAAGCUAAAGAAGAACUGUGGAAACAUAUUCAGAAGGAGCUUGUGGAUCCAUCUGGACUGUCUGAGGAGCAAUUGAAAGAAAUUCCAUACACUAAAAUAGAGACUCAAGGUGAUCCGAUUCGCAUUCGACAUUCUCAUUCCCCGCGAAGCUACCGUCAGUAUCGGCGGUCCCAGUGCUCUGACGGUGAAAGAUCUGUCCUGUCCGAAGUGAAUGCAAAAACUGAUCUGGUGCCUCCACUGCCUGUUACACGAUCUUCAGAUGCGAAAGGUCCCAGCAUCCAGUUGACUCAACAG